UCAUAAUAAAUUCAAGCUCAAAGUUCAUUCAUUCUCUAGGAUUUUUAAUUUUAUUUUUUUAAGUUUCAUCAAUUAUCUUUUAAAUGCUAUAAUUUUCACUCUUGCAACAUCCCAAAUCUACAUCUCAUUCUUUUGCUCUCAAUAGUAUUUUGAAAACAAAGUCAUAAGCCCCAUUUGUAAUUUUAAUAUAUAUUUUUUUGUCUUUGCACAGUACAUACUCAUCCUAUAAAUGAAGAACAAAAGUGUGGUUUUGAUGAUAUGCAUAAUGGUCAUAGCCAUUCCAUUAGUGCAGAGCAUUUCUCAAGGACCAAAAGGAGUGGAAAAAUGGUUCAAAGAGCUCCCACUCAAGAAAGAAAAAGUCACAAAACUACAUUUCUAUUUUCAUGACACUACUACUGGACCGGGUCAAACCGCUUAUCAAAUAGCUGAAUCAAAUAUCAGCUCAACUACGCGUACCCAAUUUGGCCGCACGUUCAUGUUUGACAACCCAUUAACCGUCGAGCCAGAUAUAAGGUCCAUGAGGAUUGGUAAAGGUCAAGGAUUCUUUGGUGCUGCUUCAUUUGACGAACCUAGAUUUCUAAUGAACUUGAACUUUGUGUUUACACAAGGGAAGUACAAUGGGAGCACCCUCCAGUUUCUAGGAACAAACCCGAUACUUCAUCAGGUUCGUGAGAUGUCCAUUGUUGGAGGGACUGGCUUUUUCCGACUUGCUCGUGGAAUUGCAACAGCUCAAACUUUUUUUCUCAAUGAUACAUCGUCCAUUGUUGAAUACAAUGUUGUAGUAAUCCAUUAUUCUUAAGCUCUACGAACUCACUCGUUGUCUUUAUUAAAUUGCAUCUUAGUUUCAUUUUAAACAGCAGAACAAGAAGGUUUUAAUGUUUGUUAUCUUAA